UAGCUUUGAAUAACCUUGACUGUAGGUUUCCAUUUCUGAAACAUCUGUACAAAAUCAUGUAGUUAUUUUAAUUUCACAGAGCGAAUGUAAGUGUGAUAUUAUACUUUAAUAAUAACUCCUAACAAAUAAAAUAUGUCCUUGAGAAUACAAUCAACAUGCAGUUUUUUGAAUGAUAAGCGUCAGGGCAUAAACUCGUUUGGUUUCAAAAUAUUGUAAACAAAUGAAUAGUGGAGUUAAGAAGGAAUACACGUCUUAAAUGAUCAUAAGCAACGAAUAUUUAAGUACUAUUCACAUAAAUUGUUCCCAAAAUGUUUAAAAAUCACAAUGUAUAUGAUGGAACCAGGAAUAUAAUUUACGAAGACGAUGAGAGUAUCGUUAUAGAGGAAAAACUAAAUUCCCAAGGACCACUUCAUCUAGUGAUCCCUAAAAAGAAUAUAUCUGUAUUAUCUAAUGCGCUGACAGAUGAUAAGAAACUUUUAGGGCAUCUUAUUCUCGUAGCAAAUAAAGUUGCUAUACGAAGAGGUUUCGAGGGAAACUCUUAUCAGAUCACGAUAAAUGAAAAUCCAAAAUCUGGAAAGUUAAAAUCUAUUCAUAUAAUUAGUAAAGUUUCUAAAGAAAUUCUGUGGCCAAUAACGCCAAACUCCAGAUUGUGAAAAAUUUAU